AUGGCCCUGCUGCCACUCCUGCUACUUGUUACUCUUGUUCAAUUCGCGAGUUGUAGCCAUUCCCCAUGCGUGAUAGAGUUAGAGUGCGCGGAAUGCCUGCCGGACAACAUGCCGCUGGUGACGUCGCCGCGCGGCGCCAACGGCACGCUGCGGCUGGCGCAGGGCGCGGCGCUGGCGCUGUCGUGCGGCGCGGGCCGCUUCCUGGCCGCGCCGCUGCACGCCCAGCUCGAGGCGCGCUGCCACGCCGGCCGCUACCGCGUGCUCGGCCGUCUCUACCACCUGCGCGACCUCGGCUGCCAGGAGAGCAUCUUUGAAGACGUUCUGCAUCAGGUCGAUGACUGCGGAAAUUUACAAGGCCGAGCGUAUCUUAUGCACGAGGCGGGAGGACAAGUACGUCAUCUAGCGACCGCAUGUUUUGACGCAGACCGCGGCGUAGCAGCGCGCCUGCAGGUGGUAGUGGGGGCGGCGGGGGCCGCGGGGCCCGCGGGCCCUCCGCACUCGCACGCCUCGGCGCCGCGCAGCCUGCUGGGCAACUUCAACCAGAUGUUCGACGCGGCCACGCGCCUGGCGGCCGAGCGUCUUUACUCCGACGACAUCCGUCUGAACCGGCGCCUCCACGAACUGCUCCGAUUCGACCAAUAUUCGUUCGCCGACCAAACUCUCACCUCGGGCAAGUUGUUGAGCAGCCAUUAUUUUGACGAUCAGAUCAUGCGAGUCACCGACUUUGUUUCCAACAAAGUGGCCGUGUGGAGCAGCGUGGCCAAGGGCAACCUGCGCCACCUGCACGAGGACGUGGCGCGCUUCGUGCAGGCCCGGCGCGCGCACGAGGACGUGCACGUGCUGGCCGGCACGCUGGGCGUCAUGUCGCUGCGCGCGGGGAGCGAGGGGGGCGAGGGGGGCGAGCGCACGGACCUGUUCCUGGCGGCGGGCGAGCGCUUCCCGGUGGCGCGCUACUUGUGGACGGUGGUGGCGGCCCCGCAGUCGGGGCGCGGCGUGGCGCUGGUGGUGCUCAACGACCCGUUCGUGGCCGUGAGCGAGGUUCGCUCCGCCGUGUUCUGCACCAGCGCAUGUUCCCAGCUGGGCUGGCUGCAGCAGCUGCGCAGCAAGCGCUACUACGAGAGCCCGCUGUACGGGCUCGUCUUCUGCUGCAGCCUGCGGGACUUCGCCGCGCACGGGGUCGCGCUGCCGGCGGGGCUCGCGCUAGACGUGCCCUUGCUCACCUAG